AUGCGUAUAUAUCUUUGUUUCAAAUAUGUCAUACGCGAUCGUGAGACUGGAAUAUCGAGGGGUUUUGGAUUUGUUACUCUCGAGGACGAGAAAUCUAUGAGAGAUGCCAUUAAGGAAAUGAACAUCGCUGAGAUCGAUGGUUGCUGCAACAAUGGUGUUCGUAAGGUAUUUUGUGAUCUUAAGUUCAUUGCUGUUGAAGAGGCUUGGCCACGCAAACCCAGUUCAGAGGAAUUUGCCUACACGUUUGCCAUGAUGGUUAGUUUAAAGAUGAGGGCCGCAGGAAUAACUCACAGGUAUCAUCUCUCCCUCCCGGCAAUGAAGUCGCUUUGGAGGAGCCGCUGCGUGAUUGACGAUAAGAUAUACGUGAUUAGAGGUUGCAAAGAUUGGGUUCGAAAUGUUGGAUCCCAAGAAAAAGAUUUGGAGAUUGAUAGCCCAGACUCCUCCAUACGUGGCGUAGUAAAUAUUGUUUUGGAAUUGUGUGAAGAUGGUGAGAUGUGGGGGAAGAUUGAAUCAGUCCAAGUUGUGCUUAGAACCAAGUCGCUGUCUUCAAUUGAGUUUUAUCGAGUUGUUACCUUCGGAUUUAGAUCUUCCUUUUUAUCUCUUUCAAUGGCGUCCGCAGAUGUUGAGUACCGGUGCUUCGUUGGAGGUCUAGCAUGGGCCACCGAUGACCAGGCUCUUGAGACCGCUUUCUCUCAGUUCGGCGACGUUGUUGAUUCCAAGAUCAUCAACGAUCGUGAGACUGGAAGAUCAAGGGGAUUCGGAUUCGUCACUUUCAAGGACGAGAAAUCCAUGAAAGACGCCAUUGAGGGAAUGAACGGACAGGAGCUCGAUGGUCGCAGUAUCACUGUUAACGAGGCUCAGUCACGAGGAAGCGGUGGCGGAGGCGGCCGUGGUGGAGGUGGCGGUGGAUACCGCAGCGGCGGUGGAGGAUACGGAGGCGGUGGCGGCUACUCUGGUGGCGGCGGAGGAAGACGCGAGGGAGGUGGUGGUUACUCCGGUGGUGGAGGUGGUUACUCCUCAAGAGGAGGUGGUGGCAGCGGAUACGGUGGCAGACGCGAGGGUGGUGGAGGAUACGGAGGUGGUGAAGGUGGCAACUAUGGAGGAGGCGGCGGUGGUGGCUGGUAAUUAGAUUAGGUUGAGAUGUGAUCGGCCCUUAUCUGCUUCUGGUUGUGUGUGUUGUCUUUGGAUUCUGUUUUCUGGUUCUGCUAUUUUGGAUGUGACAGUUCGUGAUUAGGUAUCUGAUAUCUGGAAACGUAAUGUUAAAUCAAGUUUCGUUUUCUUAAUUCUUCGUUGCCAAAUUUCUUCGCCAAUCGAUGAUAAUUAACCAAGUAAAUCGUCUAAAAUCAUUAUAUUAGGCUUUCAUAUAUUCGCGAAUGCUCUUUAAUGGGCCUGCUAUUUGCAACUGUUAACAAAUCAAAGUUAAAUCUAUAAUAUACAAAAACUUUAGUCCACAAUAACAAAUUUAAAUCUAUAAUAUACAAAAACUCUAGUCCACAAUAACAGAGAUUAAAGAAUUUAGUCUCUAACUAAAGAGGUCAACGAUACUAAUUAGUGAAAAUAAUGCGGCUUCUUUAUUUCCCUCUUUUCUUUAUCUUAUUGUAGAGAAGAGCGGCCCGAAAUGUUUCGGGCCCUACACUUUAUUCCGUAAAUUGGGAGGCUAAAGAUUUGCAAAUACCAAUAAGCGUUGGAGUCAACGUAACAAUAAGUCUUCAUUAAAAUUCUAACCAAUGAUAUUUUGCAACAAGAGCUACAACGG